AUGCCUACGGCUCCUCGACGCAAGCAAGCCAAACCUCAGCGAGUUCCGGUCGAAGGUGAGUUAUGUUAUGACACAUUGUUUUUGUCUUAUUUUUUGUCUAUAAUUCUUGUUUUUUCUCGAAUUUUGAUCAUUUUUAUUAGUCUUUUAUCAAAACUUUUACAUAGAUUUUUUUUGAAAUUUAAAUUUUUUUGAUAAUCUUGGGUUUUUAAUGUUUUAAAAAUAUUUUUAAAGUUUUUUUUUUGACUUUCUGACUUCAAAAGUUAAUUUUAUGCCCAAAAUUUAAUUUCCCUAAAAGCGUAAAGUAAAGGAUGACAUGUUUGUGCAAAGCCAUUAAUAUUGAUGGGUGUCAUUAGACUGUUAUUAUCACUAUUAUACAGUAGUUUCUUUGUUUGUCAUCAAACGUGUCGCGCAGCCCCCUUUUCUGUGGCCGCUUCCGAAAGGGGACGGCACCGGAACUUGAAUGGCAUCAAAAGUCGUUUAAACGAUCGGCGGCCAAAUCGCGAAAUGUCAUUUUUCUUGAGUGCCGCCGCUUUCUGGAUUUUUUUUUCGCGGCGCGUCUUUAACCGUUCUUAACUGUCCUUUCCACUGUUCUGCCCACUGUUGCUUCCCUGUGCCUUCACUGUUCUUUCCACCGUGCCUCCGCUGUUCUGCCCACUGUUGCUUCCCUGUGCCUUCACUGUUCUUUCCACCGUGCCUCCGCUGUUCUGCCCACUGUUCUGCUCAAUAGCUUGUUGGCCAGUAAUACCUUUUUUUAUCACCGCCCGGAUCUGGCGGGAACUUCAAAGUCGCGACAUCAUAACCGGCCUUGAAACGUAUCAUAAUCCCAGCUACCUCCUCAGCUGCCGCUCCCAACAACAACGGCCGUUGCUCAGUCAAGGCCGUCUGUGAACAAGUUUUCCCUCCGAAAAGGUUGGAAUUAUGAUUUGUCAGCCCGAAAUCAAUCAUGUUCUUAAAGUGUUUCGCUGAAACGUUACAGGGGACCUGUUGCCGGACUGUCAGGAUUAGUCAUCUUCCGUUAAUAGGUUUGUAGUCUUUGAUGAUAGCUAUCUUUAUAUCUAAAAUUAGACGAAUUCAAUAUGAAACACUAUGACCAAACUCAAUAUAAAUGCAUAGAGACCCUCCCUCUCUUCAUAACAGAGCGGAGAGUACGGUAAUAAGCGCGGGAGAGUCCCAUUGGCCGCGGCCUUGCAUAGAUUAAUAUGAGUGAGAGAGGGACCUUGUUCUUGCUCUCACUUUAAACCCAUCCGAUGACAUGGGAGUAGUGACGGUCCUCGCACGGUACGGCGUCCCCAUGCCCUGCGGCGCUUCUCAACGUUUUUUGUCAAUGGUGUGGCGUCGUCGCUCGUCAACUUCUGCCUGAAUUCACCCGCUCCCAAAUAUUAAUUUGAUUGACAUUAACUCGGAUCGGAGCCCUUUAACUAACAACUUAACGAGCGACGACAAACCGUUCGUUCUCUUCCCCCAACGUUCUCUCGCCGUGCGUCGCGAGGGCCCGGCUGCUUUUUAUGCCCCGGGUUAUGUUCGUCUACAGUCACCGUAAAUCAUGCACUUGCGCGGCUUCAAAGAGGUGACGCCGCAAGAAAAUGCGAAAAUUUAUGGGAAAAGUUGGUGAUAAGAACAGUUCUCCCAACAUAACACAAUGCGACAUAACAUUACACAUGUUUCGACAUACGUUGUCACAGUCGAUCAGGGUCAGAGAUGUUGUCAUAGGUAGUUGUAGUAAUCAAUAAUAGACUUAAGUAAAGUAAUCAACGAUAGACACAGGUAAUGAUGGUAAAGAUUCUAUAAAUAGAUAUUGGUAUCAGAGAUCAUUAUAGAUAUUUAGAAGUCGAUUCUGAUAAGAAUAUUGUAGUAAUAGAAUGUUAAGGUAUGUUGCAGUAGUAAAAGGGGACUGAAAGGUUACAAAUUCUAGAAAAUAGUUGUAGGAUAAGGUAAUUCUACAUACUUUUUGACCGGAUUGGCUGAUAAAAUCGGUUUUCUAAUUACAGUUUUGCUAAAAGUAGUGAUAGUGAGUUUAAAAUAGGAUAAUAUCGUAUGUUAAUGCCUAAGAUAUCAUGGAGUUUUAUGUUGUCAAAGUAAAGUAAAGCAAACAGCUUCUUUCUCUGUUUGAAUUUCCAGAGCUGAUGACAUUUCAAGUCUGAUAUGAUGACAUUAUAUGUCAAUAUAUGAGCCUGCUAUGACGCUGUGUCAUCUCCUGAUAACUGGAAGGCAGAUGUGGAGGUUAUGGGUAAUAAUAUAUGGCGAAUUCAUACGUUUGGCGAUGUCAUAUACAAGGCGAUGUCAUGCUGACUCCAUAUUCGGAAAUGGCCUUUCCUCGCUUCGGCUUCAUUAAACGCCUUUGUGUCCCCUCAAAACGACAUUAUUAAUUGCGCAGGCCAACGAAUUCCAUCGAAAAACAUUAAAUUUCGAAAGGCGGCACUCCUUUAAUGACCUGCCCAAACAAAACGACAACUGUGUGUUUUGUUAUGAGCUUCGAUUACAUUACAAAAAGCCGUAUUUUAGGCCGCAAUUUGUUUUUGGAGAGUGAUCUAGGGGUAGUUAAGGACAAUUAAGAGUAGUAGCUUUGAGCUGAGAAUCAAUCUUUUGAAGUAUUUUAGAUCAAAAAAGAAGUAAUUAUGUCAAUAAAAGCUUGUUUUACUUCAAUCAAAUGUUACUUUAGGCCCUUAAAAGGAAGUUUAGGUAACUUUACGUAUAUCGGAAAUUAAUAUAAAUCAUUUUACUUUAAGAAAAGGUAAUACUUUUUAAAAGAAAAAGUAAUAAUUUUAAAAAAAAUUACAUCAUAAGCUUAUUAUUUUUUUUAAAAUUUGUUUGGAAUUGAUAAAAAUUCUUGCUUAAAAUUCAUUAAAAAUUAAUUUUAAGCUUAAAUAAUGGGUUAUAUUUUAAAGUUACUGUAUUUUUAGAUGUUAAUUUUUAAUUAAACUUCUAUGUAUGUUACUUUGAACUUAAUUGAGGCUGUAAACGUCUACUUUACAUUACUUUUUAUGGAAUAUUAACCUGAAAUUAACUUAUAAAUUGCACUUUUCUUUGACUUUUAAAUUCAUUUUUAAAAUUUUAAGAAUUUAAAUUUUAAAAGAAAAGUUUUUAUUUUGAAAGUGCCAUUUUUAAACACAUAUGAGGUCGUCUGAAAAAGUUUUGUCGUUUUUUAAAGUGCAAAGUCUUGUUAAUUUAAGAAAAAAUUUUUUUAACAGUUUAAACUGUCAUAAAAUAUCAUUUUUUGGCCAUAACAAGCUACUCUACAUAUAUUAUUUAGCUUCUAAUCAAUCAACUUCCUUUAUAUAAACUUAAAUGCAGCAAUAAAACAUUAAAAUUUAAGUUUAAAAUCUCAAAAUAUCAAUUCUGGCUAAUUUUGAAUCUAUGCAAUUAGAAGAUACCGUAACGCCAGUAGUAAUGUUACUCAUAAACGGUCUCGAGGAUGACUUACAUUAAUAUAAUCCGAAAGGCCCGAAACGUGGCCACAAAAGGAGGGAGGGGGGGGGUACGGUCUGAUUCUGUUUAUUUUGUUUAAAGCUCUGCUGAUUUGGCCGCUCUCUUUUCCACUUUCCUGGCCAAUAUGCUUCUGCAAACGUAGCCUUAUACGGAGCUUUUAAGCCUUGUACUCAGCUGUUACUAAGCUUGUAAUCACUAUACUGAGCUAUUACUGAGCUUGUACUGGGAUGGACUUAGAGUUUUAGGUACUACUGAGGCACUACUAUUGCGUUGUUCAAAUAAUUCUUUCUGUGUUUCUCUUAAAGCAAAUUUUUUGGGUUCAAAGGGCCCAGGAUUAUUUGAACAACUUAGUACAUACUGUUUACAUUGUCAUACAGUUGGGGCAUUACUGACAUAUUACUGGUCUUCUUUUACCAUCCUAUAACCCAUAUUAUGACCUAAUUUGUAGUUUGUUGUGACACGAUAUUAACCUUUGCUUGACAUAGUAUGGAGACUGUAGCCAAACACCUGUCUGCACUUUUUAAACCUUUUUAUAAAUUUCUGAGCUGAACCGAUGCUUUCAGAGAACGACGAAGAAGUACCCAGCAAGAAGGAGUGUCAUCGUGCCUCGACCCCCCUCGGCUUCGCUUUCAACUCCAGUCUGGAUUCUACACUGCAGUCCCGGCUGUUUGGCCACAAGGUAGGGAUUAGCAUAUUAAAUCAUUAUAGAAUUGGAUAUUGUAGUAGAGAAUAAGAUAUUGUAGUAGAGAAUGAGAUAUUGUGGUAGGGAAUUGGAUAUUGUAGUAGGGAAUGGAAUAUUGUGGUAGGGAUUUGGGGAUAUCAUAAUGGUAUGGGGUGUUAUGAAUUUUAUGGUACGUUAAGAAGGCUGGUAUAGCUUUGGAUAUUAAAGUAGUUUCAUGGAGAUUGUAAGUUCUGAUGCGUUUUAGAGGGUUUAAUGAAUGUUGUAGUAGGUAUUGAGGUCAACAUAGUAGUACAUAUUGGUUAUAAGGCAAUAUUAAGCGUAAUUUCCAUAAUAUUUACUAAAUUAGGUAUUAAAAACUUCUAAUCUUUCAAUUUUUACUAAUUUUAAAAUUUUCGAAAUCCAAUUUUUCAUAUUUCAGUUCGACCCUCAGGGCCCGGACACUGCUCCAGCCUUGGAUCUGAGCCAGGAUUCCAAGAAUCCGUCGAUCAGCGAUUUGUUGCGCUUUACCGACAACCCCUCCGGCAACUUUCUGCUCCAGACACUCAGCUCACAGGUGCGUUUGCAUAUCUAUAUUAACCUUGAUGUAUAUUAAGUUUGGUGUUUGAGUGGGCUGUUACUCGGCCAAAAAGGUAUAGUAGCUACUUUGUAAUGCAGGAAUAAUGGCGUGCGAUGUGCUGUUUACUGUGCCAUUAGCGACUAAAUAUAUUCUUUAUUCAAAUUAUUGAGGGCUACGGUAGGCUGGGGGGGGUGGAAAAUAUUUAAAUUUUUGGGAAUUUUAGGUAACAAAAUUGUUAGAAAAUAAAAAAAUAUUUAAAAUUAAGGCAAAAAGGUUUGAAGAAAAUUAUGUUUUUUGGUAUUUUAGGUAACAGACUCUUUUAAAAAAUGGUUUUUGGUGAUUUAUAGGACUUCUGAAGUCGAUAUAAGACGUUUUUGAUAAUGUAAAUAACCUUUAGAAUAGAUAAAAACAUCUUUUUGAUAAUUUAAAAUGAUUUAAAAGCCCUUUCAAGCCUAAUUCGAAUAGAUUUCGAGCAAACUUUCCCUGAUUCGAAGGAAUUAAUCAGAUUCUCAUUGAAUCGCUACAAACAACUUCUAUUGUUUGUGAUUUGCGGUAAUUUGCGUCGUGUCAUGUCCCACAUCUGGCGUUACCGUACGUUUUUUUAAAGCGAUCUCCAUAUUUCGGAAUUCUCGGGGAGGGGGGGGGGAGAAGACAAAGGCCAUAAAAACUGAUCCGUCGGACACUUCUCAUCCGUCUUUUUUAAGUGAAAUCAACACAAAAAUUGUCAAAAUGUCUUUUAGGGUUUAAUGGGCGGAGGUUACUGUGCAGUUUAUUACUCUGCCGUCUUGUAUCUUGCUCUUGAGGAUGGUGUUAUGUCUUGUCCUUGGGGGAAAUGUCAUACAUUGGUCUUGGGGAGGUUUGGAUGAGUUAUGAGGUGAAACAACAUGAUGAGAGUGGCAUAAAGGAAGCCAAGGUGACUACUAUAAUAUAAAGCUAAUCUUUCAAAUCAUGAGAAAGACAAGACUCAGUCCAACCUACAUCAAUAUAAAACUGAAAUAUAGACUAAUAUAGACUAACGACACCCCCAUAUCAAUAUAAACCUUGAUACACAUCAAAGACACCACCAGUAAAGACCAAUAUGCAUCAGCGCCCCUAUACCAACAUGAGAUGAGUCAUGGCGGUUUAAUUAAAAACGGCCUUGAUUUAAUCAAUGCCUCGGGGGACGGCGCUCCGUAAAAGGCAUGAAAUGUGACAUGUCUUAACGUAUUCCCUUAAUUAAACAUUUAUAAGCCCAGACACUUAAUAUGUUAUGUAAACUGUUUUAGCGCCGCAUAAUGGCUGAUUCAUUUGAGCGGGCCGCCCGAACUUGUUGUAUGCCAUGUGGCAUCGCACACAUUAGCACAAUUAAGGCACAGUAAUCGGUUAAAGGUUGGCAGUCGGGAGUGGCAUUAAAUCAAUUCUCAUUUUACAACCUUGAGUUUGUUUUGAAUUCUGGUUUACAACUGGCAAACCAGAAUACGAAAUCUUUUUUAAAGUAAACAGUGGUUUAAAUGCAUUAAAAAGUAGUAAAUUCAUUAUAAAGUUGUAGAACAUGUGCCUUGAAUAUUAAAAAAAGAAGAUUAAAAUACAUUGUUUACUACAAUAUCAACCAUAAACUACUAUAACAUUAGACCUAAAAUUCAUUUUUGACUCAAGUAAUGACUUUUAAUCAGGUCAUUAUUCCAAAAACUUCUAUAAAUGUCACAGUAACCUUUUCUUACUAUUAUACCACAGUACGCCCUCACUUUAAUCAUUAUAUUACAGUAACCCCUCCUUUUUCAGCAACUCCUCCAACUGUACGCAGCCGUCGGGUCUUCACAAGCUACAGGCCCUGAGCACGAUGAAGAGGAAGAAGAGGAGGUAGAAGAGCGUCAGAAGUCGCUGUCGUGUAUGUUGUCGCCGCCAGUCUCAUCAAACGAUGAAAGUCGCAACCUCUCAGCAACCUCCUCAUCCUCAACAUCCAGCUGUCCUGCUCCGGACUGCUCGGAACAGUCACGAUCUACAGCCUCGGCCCUUCUCCACAUCUCCAACUGCCAUCAGGACCAGAGCUACAUCGAGUGCAACGACUGUCGCGAGCGAUUCCCAUCGCUGCGACAUCUGAACAGCCACAAAUGCGACCGGUCGGAUUCAGAAGUCCGCCCCAAAAGUGUACCGUCGACGGAAGGACAGAAGAUGGAGGUGGACGAGACACGGUCACAAAGUGUACCAAACAUGAGCGACCAUUGGCCCCAGAUUGGGACCUCGAAAGAGGACCAGCCUCCGGUCCUAAUGAACGAGAAUUCUGGAGACGAAAAGGCUGAAGAAGCUACGCCUCAGAAGCGGAAUCUGUUCGACUUCACGCUCAACGGUCUCAUGCCCUUAGGGUUCGACAAAUCUGGUGGGUAAUCUUGUUUGAAACCUUUUAAAGUGCAUUUUAGUCAUUUUAAUCUUGUUUUAGUCUAAUACAUUAGUCUACUACAAUAUACAUUAAGGAACACAUCAGUUUUGUCAUCAGUAUACCAAAAGUAUCUUAAUAUUCAUAAAACCUCGUAACAUUCAAUAAAACAUAUCAAUCUGACACAACGUUACUAUAACAUAAUGCAUAAAAAUGAUAUGAUACCGUAUCCCCCGACAGGACAUAGCCAAUAAAAGACUAAAUGAAUAUUGAUAACGACGUUUCAGGUCCCCAGCCCUUCUCUCAGCCCUUCUACGCUCCACAGCUCCCCAACUUCGUACCCCCCUCGGCAUCCACCCCUCCCAGGUCGGCGAACCGUGCCGGAUCAGCCCAGCCACUGUUGGUGUCGGACGAUGACUGGGAGUCGAUGAUGGAGAUCAGCAACAUCGACGAGAACGAGAAGAUACGACAGUUGGUGGGCGACAAGGCCAUGCCCACCACCGACCCCAACCAGUGUCUACUGUGCCGGAGGGUACUGUCUUGUAAAAGUGCUCUACAAAUGCACUACCGUACUCAUACUGGUGAGUUACUGUAGUAAUGUGCUGGUAUUAGUUGCAUUGGGUUCCCUAUAGUUAUAUUAAUCUCUGCUUGGGUUUAAUAUUACCAUGAACGUGUGUCAUGGUGGAUAUUUUACCAUGUUAGGCCAUAUGGCCAUUUUAAACAAACAUCAAUGUAAAGUAAUACCAUCCUCAACAUUUUCAGGCGAACGUCCGUUUAAAUGUAAAAUAUGUCAACGUGCUUUCACGACAAAGGGUAAUUUAAAGACUCAUAUGGGUGUGCACCGUGCUAAGCACGCCGUCCGACCCCCAGGCCAGGCCAUUCCCUCACUCAACUUCCAAUGUCCCAUCUGUCAGAAGCGCUUCUUCUCCACGCAACACCUACAGUCACAUGUACAGGAGCACAUGAAUGGGUAGGUCAACACAAUAUUCAUAUAUUUUACAGUAUACUGACUUACAGUACACUAUGUUUCUCAAAUCAUCUCAAAGGUAUCAAAUGUUACCUAAAAUAACCGUUGUAAACUAACAAGUCAUCUUUCAGGGGCCGUGUCCAGAACAGUGCUCCACCGUCCCUGUCCCAGUUCCUGGCCGACCGUUCCUCUAAGCUGUCGAAGCCAGAAGAACGUGAGAACAAUAUCAUGACCAACCCCUUCCUCCAGGCGGCCAACUUCGGCUUCCCUCCCACCAGCUUCCUCAACUUCGGCCUCCCCAUGAUGCCAUUCCCGACCAACCUCAACCACGACUCGUCUCACGAUCAACAACGACAAUCAGAAUCCGUGGGUACCACCUCAGUUGAUAACACCAUUCCUGAACUAGAAACCCCCCAGAAGUCAAACCAAGAAGAAGAACAGGAAGAGCUUCCCCGGCUAGGCCAGUUCGAAUCACAGUCCAGAAGUCAAGAGAAUCAAUCUCAGAAGUCGUUCACGGAGUUCGAGAGCAAGGAAAAGGAGCAGUCCGUGUCUACUACAAUAUCACGAGAGAGUUCCCAAGGCCCGUCUUCGGAAACCAAGGGCGAGAAGAUGAAGCUAGACCAGGACCCGCUCCAGGCCAUGCAAAUGAUGUACGCUUCGGCCGAACCAUCGCCGCCAGUCCGGCCGCCCGUCCACUUGUCCAAACAUCAAUGUGCUGUCUGCUUCAAGCACUUCAGCUCGUCGUCAGCACUGCAGAUUCAUAUGAGGACACAUACUGGUAGGUUAUAAUUGUAGUAAUGUUAUAUUGUAGUAGAUUCGAAAACGAGUUAUUUGAAUUACAAUAUUGAUUUAGGCGACAAACCCUUCAAGUGCGAGGUCUGUGGUCGAGCCUUCACAACUCGAGGGAACCUGAAGGUUCACAUGGGUACUCACUCAGCUCAGAUCAGUCCAUCCAGAAGAGGACGAAGGAUCUUCGACUACGGAACAGAAGCCGUGCUUCGGAAUCCAUUUGGCCCUUUGGGUAUGGGUGCGGGGAUGAAUCUACCCCAAACGUCACCACUUGGCCUGCCAGUCCUGGCUAGCCUCCAGCCUUUCCUAUCGGCCAUGGCGGCAGCCAACAACGCGCCUACUGAUUCGCCGGUGAAUCUGCUACAGAUGCUGUCCACGGUAUGCACGAUCUGCAAGAAGAUCUGCGGCUCUAUGAACGAGCUCCACGAUCAUAUCCAGAAGGACCACGGAGAUAACGACCUGGAGGCGGCUACUGCCUGA